UUGAUCGGCUUCCGUAUAAAAGAGACUCCGCUCUGACUCCGCCCCACAACAGCGUGAAUAGAGUGAAGCAUUAUGGGAGUCCUGACGUUAUCAGUAACCGGUCUGUAAUAGCGCCACCAUGGGUCUUCUGCUGUCUAAAUCCAUGGAUGCAAACCUUAAAAAGCAGCAAGAGUUCAUGCUACACAAUUCACGAAUGCAGCUGGAGCGUCAGAUCCUGAUGCAGAACCAGAUGAGGGAGAGACAGAUGGCCAUGCAGAUUGCCUGGUCGAGAGAGUUUGUCAAAUACUUUGGUGCUUUCUUUAUACUGGCCACUGUGGGGCUCACUGCAGGCGCCAUUAAAAGAAGGAAACCUGUCAUGAUGAGUCCUCUGGUUCCCCUCAGCUUUAUAUUCGCCUAUCAGCUGGACAGCGCCUACGGAACGUUGAUUUAUCGCAUGAGAGAGGAGGCGGAGAGCAUCAUGGCCUCUGAACACGACCGUCUGGACCUGCCUAAUGGGACUCCAACCUUCGAAAGUAUAGAGAAGGUCCGCCGUGCCAAAAGCAGCCUCACCUCGCUAUUGGAAAAAUGACAACUUUGAUGUCCACGGCAUAGCCUGAAAACCAAAUCAAAUUGUCCAGUAUGUGUCCAGUGAGCCAAAUUUGCCGUACUCCUGCACCAUCAUGUCUGACAGGGAGACGAGGGACAACAUUCCAUCACUCCUGUGGUGACUUCAAGGACACUUUGACAGCAGUUACAGUCUAGGACAAGCUGAUGGCGCAGGGCAGAACAUUUAUAUACAUAUAUCAUGUGAAUGUCUCUAGUUUUGUUUAUGAAAUCAGUACAGUGGAUCUGAAAUCAAACUUUUAAUUUCUAUAUAAUAGUGCAACAUAGUGCCCUCCAAAAGUAUUUAGCCCCUUUGUGUUUCACACAUUUUAAUUUGUUUAUGCCAUUUCAAAUACAAAAAGUAAAUCAGGCUUCUCAAAAUAAAAAUUUUAAAAUGAUCUUCCCUAAACUCAAACUUGAAGUAAAUCUCUACAACUUGAUAUCAAUUAAUUAAAAAUAUAAAAGCCAACAUGAUGGGUUGCAUGAAGUAAUGGGAUGCUUUGGUAUAAUACCUGGAAAUAAUUGGUUUUAUUUCCAGUUUUCUUCAGAGAACUCAGGGGAUGGAUACAUGAACAUUUCCAAGUCACUGAAUAUGACUAUAUCAAUUAUUAAGAAAU